CCUAUUUUGGGUCCUGCAUGGGGGUGGUCGUGGGAGGAUGUAGCUCUGCUUGAGUUCUACAGCUUUUGGCAGUACAGCUAGAAAGUAGGAUGCAUUGGCCUGCUGCACUGAGAUGUGCUGCACCAGCUGAGAGCUUUGGAGCUGAGCGUGAAUUUUGGCGUGUUUGUAGGUUGUGUGUGCACAAGCGCAGGUUGUACAGCAAAGUGUGUCACAGCAGAGCUGCAAACAGUGCAGUCAAACCACACGGCUCUCCCCUCCACCUCCAAAAAACCCAACCCCCAAAUACAUCAUGUUUUUUGAAAGGCAGAUUUGAGAGCAUUCCAGAAGGCUUCCUGCCGCUUUUCGGGAUUUUGUCUCUAGGAUGGGGGAGGACAGUGAAGGGCAGAGGUGGUUUUACAUCACUGAAAGCUGUAGGGACUGUCUCUCAGCCUAGAACAGACUUGUGGGUCCCCCAGCAGCUAACUCUGGGCCUGGAAUCCCUGUCUGAGCCUGUCUCAGGGUGUUUCUGAGCUUCCUUUCCUGAGAAAAACGCAUUUGCAAAGAAAAAGGUGUUAGCAAACGUGUCUGGCCAUGUAAAGAGAUGGAAGUUCCUUAGGAGAGGAGCAGCGGUGGGGAGGAGGCCUUGCCCGCUCCCUGCACGCGCUCUGCGGAGCUGCAGUGGCUGUUCCUGCCAGAGCUGGCACGUCCCCCUUCGCCUCCCUGCUGCCCUUGGUGCCUGGCGUGAUCGUCACCGUGGGUUCUGCAUGGAGUGCCAAGGACGUGGGCGCUGCCCUGGGACACGUGCUAUCCCAGGACCACAGAUCCGUCGCUGUGGCUUCCGGCUCCCCAGCACUGAGGGAACCAUGGAUCUCUGAGAGCGAUGGGAAUAAUGGCAGAUGUUUCCCUUACGUAAUUACUCUUAACGCCUUUCAUGGCUCUUUCUUGGGGAAAAGUAUCUGGGACUUUUUCCCCCUCCCAAGCCUUACUGAAGCUGGUCUAAAAAUCCUGACUCGCACAGUGGAGAAAAAUGAGAGAAGCUAGCAAGACUUCAGAGAUGAUUCGGCUCUGGUUGCCUUUCUGCAGCAAAAAUGCACGUAUUGGAAAACGUGUGCUGGUAAUGGCAGCCCCAAAUUCAGCUGUGAUGUGCAGGUUCUCCAAGCGGGAGGGCUUCUCUCAGUAGCUUUUGCCUUUAAAUCUGUUUAUCGCUUUUGAAUGGGCAUAGCUCGGAGUCAUGGAGCAGAGUCACAGCAAGCAGGGUACUGACUUUUGCCUUGCUGUGAUCCACGUGUGAGCGCUGGCUGGCAUAUUCCUGAUGAUGCCAGCCAGUCCUUCCUCGGGCUGCAGGAUGUGUCUGCAGUCCGGCUUUGUUUUGAGAGAUGUGCAGCGGGUCACGGUGAGCACACGUGACCCUAUCUGGCCAGACCCUGAAGUGUUCCAGCAGAAGUUCUCGCCGUAUGCAGCACCCUGGAACAAGGGAGUUCUUUCUAGAGUAAGAGGUCGGUGUUUUUAGGACCAAACUUCUCUGAGUAUGUAGUAGAAAAACUCUCUGAGCAGAGUUAACAUCUAUGAACGGUUCAGAUGCUAGAGGCUCGACCUCACACCAGACGUAGCUGACAUCUGUGCUUCACUGAGUUGCAGGCUCCCAGCGGGGAUAGUGGCUGACUUGAGAGGCUGAACAUCCCGGCAGCAAAGAUCGUGUUCCCUCUGAAGAACUGAAGGAAGGCUUUUUCUGACCCGGGUGUUCAGUUCGGUUGCAAGUUGCUGGUGGAGUAAGAUGGUGGUGUUGCUGUGCUUGACGCUGGUGCUGACAUGGCUGGGUAAGCUGUAAGUCGUUCUGGUGAUUUUACUUACCUUGCCUGCUUCCCCCUCUGCCUUUGCUGAAAGGCCCAUCGGUUCCUCUCUUCCUGGGGUGAGAAGCCUCUGGGGGCCCGCAGGCGCACGGAGCUGGCAGCAGUAAGGGGGCUGCUGGGUCCCAGUCGCUCCGCUGCUCUCCGGGUGCUGCCGGUUCCCUCCCGCGGAGCUCACGCACAGACAGGCCGCACAGUGCGCCGGCAGCCCGGGACGGAGCCCUGUGCUUACCCUGCCAGGCUCCCAGGCUUCGAAAGAGGCGUCUGCUUUGCCAAUUCUAAAUACAGGGAAAGGUUUCCAAGGUACUGAUUUUUGGCUCUGCUCAAGGCAACUGGCUCCCUUGGUCUUCUCCACUGGCAAAUAGUUGACAUUUUCAGCUCCGCAGCUGGUCAAGACCAAAAGGAACCUGUUUGGGAAGCUGGAGCACUUUGCAUUUAUUAUUUACAGGGCAUCAGACAAGUACUUGGUGCUUCGCCAGGGCCCAGCCCUCAGUGGCUUGUGGACAGAGCGGGCAGAGUGGCUAAGAUACCGGGAAGAGCCUACCUGUCCGAGCAGCUCCCUGCUGAAUCAGCUCGCCUAGUUCUCGACAAACAAGUGCCAGAGCCUCAGCUGCUCUUUCUGGGUUUUGCUGGUGCAGACUCUGGGGCGCGCAGGGCUUUUCUUGACAAGCUCCAGGGACGUUUUCUGCCCCGCUUGUUUCCUCUUCCUGCCGCAUGCUUUGCAGCCCACCGUGUCGGCAGCUGCUUCAUGCUGGUUCUGUCACCUCUGUGCUCUUUGAAGUGCCUCUGGUUUGUUUUUUUUUCCCCACUGUCCAGCUUCUCUAGAAACCCUAAGCAGUAUUUCUGUGGGCAGACAGGUCCCAGCCCAGGUCAGGAGCCUGUGAGCAAGGGGUGAGGAAGCCAAAUGGGCAGGUUGUGAAAGGGGAACUGCAGUUCGUGUGAAGUGGUUGAAUUGCCCCUGGCCUGGUGUAGAUGAGUGGCACUGGUUCUCCUGGCCAGUGACUCACAGGAACAAGCCUGCAGGAGCUGCCGGCUUUGGCUGGGCGACGCAGAGGGCUGGGGUUGUGCUUCCCCACUUGCCUUCUGUGUGGCUUGUUCAGCGAGCGCAGCAGCCCUUGCUCUGGCGGCUGGGAGGAUGUGCUGCCCCGCAUCCCAGGCACGCCAAAAGCAGGGGUCAGGGAGAGGCUUUGCCUGCACAGGGAGCAGGGCCUCCCUGUUGCGCUCUGGACUGGUCAGUGCCAUUAGCCCCAGGCUUAUCUGGAGAGGAGAUACCUAUGGGGACAGGCAGGCUGCAUCUGACCGUCCUCCCUGGACUCAUCCUGCUGUCCUUGUCCCUGGCAGAGCGAUGCAGCGGGUGGGCUGGCUGGGUGUUCACGGAGCCUCAGCUUCGAGCCAGCGCUGGGGACUCUGUCCUGCUGCGGUGCCUCUUCCUAGACCCGGUGGCCGAGGACUGGACGAUGGCCAAAGUGGACUGGCUGCGCGUAGCAGGAGUUGGCACGCCGGAGGAGAUGGUGUUUUAUUACUACAGCAACCGUAGCAUCCCUGUGGGCCGUUUCCGGGACCGGGCGCGGUGGCAGGGGGACACGUCCCGCUGGGACGGCUCCAUCCAGCUGCAGGACGUGCGGGUGAAUGACAGCGGCAUGUAUGUGUGUGAGAUCCGGCUGCUCCAGCGCAGCAGCAUCUUGAAGAACCACACGGUGCUGCACGUCAGCCCCACGGGACAGAGAGCAGGACGAGGAGCAGCAGGCGCCCAGGACCCUGCAGCCCCGGGAGACUCUGGGCUUUGGCCCGUGACUGUGGGCUGUGGCUGCGUGGCCGUUGUGCUGGCUUUCCUGGCCGGGCUCAGCCUGAGGAAGAGGUCUGCAGCCAACACGGCCCUGGAGAGGACUGGAAACGGCGACAGCAAGAACAAAGCAGAGGAAGCGCUUUACUCCUCGAUCCCUGGAGCUGAGGUACCCAAGGCCGAACAGGGUGCAGGGAAGAAGAAGAGACCCGAGGAGACCUACAUCACCAUGCACCCCUCUCCCUUCCGGGAGAACGGCAUCUACGUGGAGCUGGCCAAGAGGGUGAUCCCGGCAGAAUGGAUGGGAGAGGGGAGACAGGCUGAGGGACGAAGCGAGGAGCCCUGCAGCAGACCAGAGGCGGCACAUCCCUGGGCUCCAGACGGGGAGCAAUAGCCAUGCUGGGGGCUGGAACCCCAUUUCCAGCAGGUGUGUGCACGAGAGCGUUGUUCCUUGGGGCAGGCCGGCACGCCGCAGCCGUCAGCCCUUCCUCUGAGAAACGGUGUCGCUUCACCGCGUGCUCCCUCUGAGAGCUGCUGCUGGGGCACGUCCCACCCUGGCUGUCAGCCACGGGCCCAGGGGACGCGGACUCUCGUGCCCUGGUCUCUGGAGGGAGCACAGCCUCCCCGCUCCAGCUUUGAUCCUGGUCC